CUGGUCUCAGCCUCUUCUGUCUUCGCGUCAUCCAUGAUGUGGGAACUCCGCUCCGUGGCCUUCACUCGAGCUGUCCUUGCCGAAUUUCUAGCUACGCUGCUCUUCAUCUUCUUUGGGCUGGGGGCAGCACUCAACUGGCCUGUGUCCCCACCCAAUGUUCUCCAGAUCUCGCUGGCUUUUGGCUUGGCUAUAGCGACCUUGGUCCAGGCUGUGGGUCAUGUCAGCGGGGCCCAUAUUAACCCUGCUGUGACUGUUGCAUGCCUCGUAGGCUCCCAGGUCUCCUUCCUGAGGGCCAUCUUCUACGUGAUGGCGCAGAUCCUGGGAGCUGUGACAGGGGCAGCCCUCCUGCAUCAAAUCACACCACCUCACAUCCGAGGAAGCUUGUCCAUCAACAGGGUACACAAUAAUACAACAUCAGGUCAGGCGGUGACCAUGGAACUGUUCCUCACCUUCCAGUUGGUCCUGUGCAUUUUUGCCUCAACUGAUGACCGCAGGGGCGAUAACCUGGGAUCCCCAGCCUUGUCCAUUGGUUUCUCUGUUGUCCUGGGUCACCUGCUUGGGAUCUACUACACUGGCUGCUCCAUGAACCCUGCUAGAUCUUUCGGUCCUGCUGUGAUUGUGGGUGAAUUUGACAACCACUGGGUCUUCUGGCUGGGUCCAAUGGCUGGAGCGGUGGUGGCUUCCUUGCUCUACCACUAUGCUCUCUUCCCCCAUGCAAAGACCCUCUCGGAGCGGCUAGCAAUCUUCAAAGGCUACGAGCCGGAAGAAGACUGGGAGGAGCGUGAUGUUCGCAGGAGGCAAUCGAUGGAGCUCCACUCCCCACAGACCCUGCCUCGAAGUGUGAUGGAGAAAGUCUAG